UGCGCUUGGUCCAGCAGCGUUUGAGUUGUGAAGGUACAUGGGCAAACACUUGUAGGCGCACUCCGAAAGUUUAAAAUAUAUCCAGAGAACUCGGCGUAUGACUGUGAUUGAUCUAAAGGGACUUUUAAUUUAGUUAACCUUAAAUGUAAGCGUUUCUGGGAGCGGAUGAUAAGAGUUGUGGCGUCUUUUAAACCGUGCGUAAUUGUCGUUUCUUCCUCAGCUCCAUCAGUGAAAGUUUGCGCUUCCCUGACGAGGUAUUGCAUUUGGAGAACGGACAAUCUAACACCGGAAUAAGAUGACAGCGAUCAGAAUGGUUUCAUCAGUGCUGGUGCUGGUGCUGAUGCAGUCCGGAGCUCUUUGCGCACGGAGGUUCCGGGGUGGCCGCAACCCACAGCCACGCCGCUCACCACCUCCUCCCACAUACCGGGCGGAUCGGGGAGACACCACGGAGAGCUUCCCUCUGGAUUUCACCGCCGUGGAGGAGAACAUGGAUAACUUCAUGACACAAGUGAAGAACCUUGCGCAGUCCCUCUACCCGUGCUCGGCGCAGAAGCUCGACUACGACAUGAAGCUGAACUUUUUGGAGAAUACAUCAGUCACCUGCAAUGAUGGGAGUCCCGCGGGGUACUACCUGAAAGAAUCUCGAGGCAGCAGAAGGUGGUUGAUAUUCUUAGAGGGCGGCUGGUACUGCUUCAACAAGGAGAACUGCGACAGCCGAUACGAGACCAUGAGGAGAUUGAUGAGCUCAUCCAAGUGGCCCCAAACUAAAACAGGCACGGGGAUCCUGUCUCCGCUGCCUGAGGAGAACCCUCACUGGUGGAACGCCAACAUGGUGUUCGUCCCGUACUGCUCCAGUGAUGUGUGGAGCGGAGCUACAGCCAAAACAGAGCAAAGUGGCUAUGCCUUUAUGGGCUCGCUGAUUAUUCAGGAGGUUGUGAAGGACCUGCUGAACAAAGGUCUGGACAACGCAAAAGUUCUGCUAUUAGCAGGAAGCAGUGCGGGUGGUACUGGGGUCCUUCUGAACGUGGACAAUGUGGCAGAGCUGCUGGAGGGACUGGGGCACACUGGGAUACAAGUGCGAGGCCUAUCCGAUUCUGGCUGGUUCCUGGACAAUAAGCAGUACCACUGCACGGAUUGUGUGGACGCUGUCAGCUGUGCCCCCACGGAGACCAUCAAGAGAGGCAUCAAGUACUGGGGAGGUGUGGUACCAGAGAGGUGCAAGAAGACCCAUGAAGGAGAGGAGUGGAACUGUUUCUUUGGAUAUAGAGUCUUCCCAUCAAUAAAAAGCCCUGUGUUUGUUGUCCAGUGGCUGUUUGACGAGGCCCAGUUAACAGUGGACAACAUCCAGCUAACAGGCCAGCCUGUGCAAGAAGGCCAGUGGCGCUACAUCCAAAACCUGGGCAUUGAGCUGAGGAACACACUCAAAGACGUCCCGGCUAUGUUUGCUCCAGCGUGUCUAUCACAUGAAGUUAUCACCAGAAAUUACUGGAUUGACGUGCAGGUUAAAGGCACCUCCUUGCCCCGAGCUCUGCACUGCUGGGACCGCAGCCUCAACGACAACAGGAACAACAAGGCCCCGCCCAAAGGCUGCCCCGUACAUUUGAUUGACAGCUGCCCAUGGCCACACUGCAACCCCACCUGUCCCACCAUCCGAGACCAGUUCACGGGACAAGAGAUGAACGUCAUUCAGUUCCUCAUGCACAUGGGCUUUGACGUGCAGAAGAUGGCCCAGCAGCAGGGCAUGGACCCCAGCAAGCUACUGGGCAUGCUCAGCAGUGGCAGCUAAAAAGGACACGCGUACACACAGUAUCAACAAGCUAAGCCCGAGCAGGGUUGGCUGGUCUCUCCGGCCAGUCUCCUAUGCCUGAUACCUCCAACUCCACCUUCACAACCCAUUCUACCUAUAGUCGAUUCCCCUUUGACCUCCUGUUUACUUUAGUCUGAGCCUCAGUCAAACACAGGGGCUUAGAUUUCUCCCACAAUCCCUUCCCUCGCAACUGGUGACAAGUACAAGGGGGCAACAUGCCGCCACGACAAGGCACAACUCUCUGCUACUCUCCAUUUAAAUUAUCUUUUGCUUUGUAAAAGAAAAAAAAUAUCACGAAUGUAAUCCAGUUUUAAGGAUGCUCAUUGAUGUGUCCAUAUAGAUGUAUCUAUAUGUGUCUUCCAUAUAGAUUAUAUUCAGUCAUUGUUAAGAAAAGAAAGAAAAUGCCACAAUGACGUAAGAAUGCUGUCUUUGUUAAGUAGUCACUAUAGAGUAUAUAAGGGUAUAAUGUUUUACAGUUUCUCAUCAUAUAUAAACCUACAUCAAGGCAGAAACAGGGACAUACGUCAUAGGGUGAGAAAGGCACUGGAUCAGACAGGAAAUUUUGUAUUUAUCUCAAAAACAAUAGCAAUAACGAUAGCGAGACAACUGACACCAAAACACCUCUCAUUAGCUUGUGGUAUAAGACCAGGUUGGAUUUAACAUGCAUCUUGGGUGAUCUGAUGACAAGUGGACAGUUUGUCUGUUCACACCUGGUAUUAGAAUGCGUCUCCACUUGCGUCUCAAGUGACCACUUGGGAUUGGAUCUGUCUUUCUUGCUCUUUAUGCAAAUGAACACAUAUAUCAUUUCCAUUUGCAAAGACAGAAUGUUUUUAACCAGUUGGAGGACUAUGUUGCUAUAGGCACACUCACAGCUUAUUUAAAAUUAGUAAAAUCAUAUUUCAUUGUAGAGAUGAGUGCAGUAUAUUGAUUUGCUUUGCCCCUUCUCACUUGAGACAUGAGACAAGUGCAUCCCACAGUCCCCCUGCCUCUCAGAGACAACUGCUGCAGGAGUGUGAGCUCUGUGCCGGGGACAGCUGGUGAGAAAUUGGGAAAAAUAAGGGUUUAACAGCAGAGUUGAUCUGUUUCCAAUGUCACUUUAAAUUGAAUGGGAGCGUUUAACAGCUGUGUUAGCUUGUGCUAACCAGGCAGAUGUUGAACUGACCACUCGUCAGAAGGACAGUGGCUCCAGAGGGGAGUCAGAUAAGCAAGGACGAGAGUUGAGUAGGUGGUCCUAAAUGUGGCUCAGGACACAUUGGCGUACACUGCUAAAAUCAUACAGUAUGUCCAGACCACCUCUGAAUGUAGUCUGUGGACGCAGGUGGCAUAUUCAAAAUUGUACUUAGAGCUUUCCACAUGAGAUCUGAUCUACCAAGACGCAUGUUAAUACCAGGUGUAAACAGGGCCUUAGUUAGGCCAAUAAAAGUUGCCAAAAAGAUAUAGUGAAAAUGACAAAAGACAAACUGCUAAGAAAAAGGAUAUUAUUGAUUAUUGAUGAUUGAUUAUCAUGGGUUUAGAGAAAAGAUUAUAGUAACCUAAAUGCCGUAUUUUCAGAUUAGAUAGCUGUAAAGAGGCCACGAUGCCUGGUUUGGUCAUUUCCUGUGCUAAACAGGUAGACAUUGAACUGACCACUCGUCAGAAGGACAGUGGCUCCAGGGGAGCAGCAACCGACAGGUAAUAUCUGGAGGGGAGUCAGAUAAGCCAGGACGAGAGCUGAGUAGGCGGUCCGUAAUGUGGCCCGGGACACAUUUGUGUAUACUGCUGAAAGCACAUGGCCAUAUGCAGACCAGACCCCCUCCGAAUGUGGUCUAAGGACGCGAUGGGAGCAUUCAAAACUGUUUUUAGAGCUGUCCACUUGCGAUCCAAUCUACAAAGACACAUGUUAAUACCAGGUGUAAACAGAGCCUUAGUUAGGCGACUGGAAAUAAAGCCACAAAUGGACAAUAUUCCUUGCUAAUAAAAGUAGCCAAAAAAAAAAAAAUAGUGAAAAUGACAAAAGACAGACAAUGC